AAGUUUUUGGUUUCUGCAAAAAUCAAAACCAAACUAAAACUCUCAAAACCAUUUUCUCUCUUAUAACUUUCUCUGAUACAUAUAUAUAUAUAUAUCUCUGUCUCUCUAGUGGGAGAAAAGUAUGGCGGAUUGGGGACCUGUAGUGAUCGCUGUGAUACUGUUCGUGCUUCUGACACCGGGACUUCUCUUUCAGAUUCCGGCGAGAGGUCGUGUCGUCGAAUUCGGGAAUAUGCAGACUAGUGGUGCGUCUAUUCUAGUCCACACCAUCAUUUUCUUCGGUCUCAUCACCAUCUUCACCAUCGCCAUUCGUCUCCACAUUUACACCGGUUAAUUCGUAAUGUCCCCCGGACCCGGUUGGUUUGGUUCAUGGUUAUGUUUUUUCCAUUUUUAAAUUGCUUCCUUUCUUUUCUGUAUUUGUU